AUGCUGGACACGCUCACCUUCCUCCUGGAGAAGCUCUUCCUCCUCGCCCACAUCAAGCUGUCCAGCCUGCUGCCUCCUCUGGGCGGGGAGCCGCCGCGCACCAGGCGCUGUGACCGGGAUGAAUCUCCUCCCCAGCCCGCCGGAGCUCCUCAGAAGUUCCAGCGGGGAGACCUGCUGGAGGUCCCGCGGACUCUCUUCACACACUUCGGCAUCUACCUGGGCGACAACCGAGUGGCGCACCUCAUCCCGGACAUCCUGCCGGUGCUGACCGCCGACAGCCGGCAGAUCCAGGAGAUGGUGACCAACACGCGGCUUCUGCUCGGGGUGCUCUCCAAGCGCGCCAGCAUCCGAGUGGACUCGGUGGAGGACUUCGCGUACGGAGCUGGUAUCCUCCUCAAUGCCAUGGACCGGGCGGUGCGCCGGAGCCCACUGUCCGGAGAGGAGGUGGCCCGGCGGGCGGAGCGGCUGGUCGGCACCGUGUCCUACAGCCUGCUGUGGAACAACUGUGAGCACUUCGUCACAUACUGCCGCUACGGCACGGCGCGGAGCCUGCAGACCGACAAGUUCUGUGAGUGGCUGAAGUCGCUGAUCCGUGACCAGCGUAACGUUCUCCUGACGGCGCUGCUGGGACUCCUGUCCAUGGUGUGUUUGGGAAUAUCCUCCAGCACCGCCCUGGCCACCCUCCUCAUCCCCUUCACCCUUUGGAUGGCCAGCUAG